CAAGCAGGAAUACUUUGAACAUGGUGCGCGGUGGUCGUGGGACUCGACUCAAAGCACAAUCACGAUCAUGACACAAGAUGGGCGCAAUGAGCUAGCAGCCAGAUUCGCCGAUCUGCCCAUCGCCGUCCUCCAAGCCGAAUUGCAGCGUCGCCAGGCUGCAGGUGAGCGACCAGCAUGCGCCUCCGGUAACAGUGACCGCGACUACAACUUCGGCCUUCACCUUGGCGCCCUCUUCCAGAUCCUUAUCCUCUCGACCCUCGCCUGCUCCUUCCCACUGAUAAUCCGCCGCUUCCCGCGACUGCCAGUCCCGAAUCAUGCGCUGUUCGUUAGUCGACACUUCGGGACAGGUGUGUUGAUAGCGACCGCAUUUGUGCAUCUGCUCCCCACAGCAUAUACGAAACUGCUAGAUCCAUGUCUGCCACCAUUCUGGACACAUGUCUAUCCGGAAAUGCCGGGCUUCAUUGCCAUGGUCAGCGUCAUGCUCGUGGUGGGCAUUGAGAUGUUCUUCGCGGCAAAAGGCGCAGGCCACAGUCAUCAUGUAGACUUGGAGCAGUUGAGGACCGGCGAGACGGAUAUUUUAGACACACGGCCGGCACUGGGGAGAAAGAGCCAUAGCUUCAACAGGUUCCAGCAACUUCCCCUGGGAAAUGCUGACGAUGGCGAUAUAGCUCUGACUGAGCAGCGCAGUCCAUAUCUGGAUGCGCCGCCUACACCGACAAGUUCGAGCGAGUCACCGGCAUUGAACAAACCACUGCCGCGGACCCCAAGUCCUGGGAGGCAAGAAGAAGACGACGACGUCGGCUUGGACCUUGAUGAGCUCGAUCCAGCCGCUGACGAUACACAGCCACUCACGCGUGGGAAUGAGAGCGACGACGAAGAGGAUUUAGUCAUGUCUGGCAAUGGUCGUGCUAAUGGGCACGCACGACCCAUGAGGCACAGUCGCAAAGUCUCGUGGGCAGAUCAAGUCUCGGAGCACAGCAAUACACCACAUCAAACGCCUCAUGAGCAAAGACUCGUGCUUCAAUGCCUGAUGCUCGAAGCUGGCAUUCUCUUCCAUAGCGUCUUCAUCGGAUUGGCGCUGUCCGUCAGCACGGGCUCCAAAUUUGUCGUACUCCUGAUCGCUAUCAGCUUCCACCAAACAUUCGAAGGUCUAGCCUUGGGCGCUCGAAUCGCUUCGAUCGGGUCCUUCUCCACGACUUCAUACAAGCCUUGGUUGAUGAGCUUGAUGUAUGGCAUCACGACACCUAUUGGCCAGGCUAUCGGCCUCGGGGUGCAAGGACUCUAUAAUCCACGAAGUCAGUUUGGACUCCUUAUGGUGGGCAUAACGAAUGCAAUCAGCAGCGGCUUGCUCUUAUACGCCGGUCUCGUACAACUGCUUGCGGAGGAUUUCCUUAGUGAUGCAAGCUAUGUAGAACUGCGAGGGAAAAGACGAUUACAGGCCUGUAGCGCUGUAGUAGCCGGUGUUAUGCUUAUGGCGUUGGUGGGCGUCUGGGCAUAGCCUGCAAUUGAAAUGAA